AUGGUGGCAACAACACGCGGGGCAAACUCUCCUCGCAAGCUCAAGUUCUCGGAUAAAAUCAUUACCAAAGGCCUUACCACAGAUGCAUUGGUGAAAAGGAUGAAGACACUUCAUUCGGAGCUUGCGUCCAUUGACCAAGACAAUGUCGACACAAAUACGUUACAGGGUGUGAGAAAAGAACUCAUCAGUACUACGAUACUCCUUCACAAGGACAAAGGCGUCCGUGCACUGGCUGCAUGUUGUAUCGCAGACCUCUUACGACUCUACGCGCCUGAUGCACCGUAUACUGCCCCGGAACUCAAGGAUAUAUUUCAGUUCUUCUUUCGACAGCUUUCUACCGGGCUGCGUGGGCCUGAUGCACCUUAUUAUAACGAAUAUUUCUAUCUCCUCGAGUCACUGGCUUCCAUCAAAUCUAUUGUUCUUGUUUGCGAUAUCCCUGCUGCCGAUGAACUGCUUUGCACUAUUUUCCGCAAUGUCUUCGACUUGGUGCCGAUGGGUUUGCCAAAGAAUGUCGAAAUGUUCAUGGCGGAAAUCUUGGUGGCCCUCAUCGACGAAUGUGCCUCGUUGCCAUCCGAAGUCCUAGAAAUUCUGCUCGCACAGUUUCUACCAGCUCGUACUCGCACCGACUCUCCUGCUUAUAGGCUUUCAAUAGGUGUAUGUACUCGGACGGCUGACAAACUACAACGACACGUUGCUCAGUACUUUGGUGAUUUACUUUUACAACAUACCCCUGAUGAUCAAACUUCUAUGCCUGCGGAGGAUGUUGAAGAGUUGCGUACGGCUCAUGAACUUGUCCAACGAUUGGCCCAAGCGGUAGCCCCCCUGCUCUUAAAUGUCGUCCCUCAGUUGGAGGAAGAGCUUCGUGUCACCGAUCAGACAAUUCGGUCCAUUGCCACACAAACACUGGGUGCUAUCUUUGGGGAUUCCAAUGGUGCUAAGCUUGCACGCACAUAUCCCUCGACUUGGACACAGUGGCUGUUGCGCCGAAAUGAUAGAGUCGCUGUGGUUAGAGUGAUAUUCGUUGAAUGCGCGAAAGACAUAGUAUCUCGUCACGCUGAGCUCAAAUGUGAUAUGGAAGAGGCACUUAAAGGCAAAUUCAUGGAUCCUGAUGACAAGGUCCGCGCAGCAGUGUGCAAGCUAUUUUCUCAAAUCGAUUAUGAGGCUGCGUUACAUCAUGUCACGAAGUCUCAGUUGGAGGAGUUAGCUGGCAGGUGUCUGGACCGUAAGCCUGUGGUACGUCACGAAGCCUUCAAUAGCAUAGGCCGGUUAUACAGCUUAGCGUACCCAGAAAUCGAAAAUAAUGAUUUGGCAGCCGUCCCUCAAUUCUCUUGGAUACCCGGAAAACUGAUAGAAGCUGCUGCGAUGCCCGAGACUAGGGAUGAAGCUGAAAAGUGUAUUUCUGAGUUUGUACUCCCCAUGCCUACCAAAAGCGAAGAUGUCGUGUCUUGGACAGAACGAUUACUUUUGGUUAUGAAGUAUUUAAAUCCAGGACAUAUUACUAGUUUAUUGGCACUUGCGAAUUUGAAGUCGCCCCGUCCAUCUGUAUUCGAACGCUUCAUUCAAUGCUGUGUUGACUUUAAUGUUAUCGAGUUGUUGCCUAACAACGGUUUCGUAGCCCAAAGUGCAGAUGCUAGUAAACUUGCAGACGACCUCCGAACAUUCGCCAAGCUAAACGAGAGUAGGCUCUACAAACUAUUGAAAACAUGUGUGGAUCCGCAAACUGAUCUUAAGGCGUUGAUCAAGUCCACAUCCGAGUUCCACCGGCGUGUUGAGCAAGCAUCCUCUGGUAUUCUUGAAACUAUGUCUUGGUUUUUAAGACGAGCAAGUCUGCAUAUUGUCAAUCAAUCCUCGAUUCCAACACUAGUCAAGAAGCUCAAGCUCUCCGACCAACCAAACACAGAGUCGCAAUCACUGGUUGGGAUGGGCGGAGACGAAGGCAACGAGCUUAUCAAAGCACUUGCGGAUGAGAAACAUCCUCGCCUCGUCCAGUGCUGCACCCAGGCUCUGGCUGCUGUUGUCAGAACGGAUAAUUCAUUGGCUCCGACUGAAAAACGUACAACCGACCGACUAGUAAAGAUCGCCCAAUGCGAUUCGCCAAAGCAAGCAAAGUUUGCCCUUCGGGCCUUAUCUUAUUGUAAGGAUGGAGCUGAUCUCUGCGCUAAAGUCGUCAAAAAUAUCGCAUCAACCCUGCCGAAAGCCAAGGGCGAUACAUUAGUGGCGCAUAUUGCCGCUUUGGCCGAGGCCGCCAAAGCUUGUCCCGAGGCGUUUGAAGACAAGAGUAACGUUAUCACAACGUACUUGGUGCAAGAGCUCCUCAUGUCAAAUAUUCCCUCCACAGAGGAUGAAAUGCUCACUGAUGACGCCGAUGAAGAGUGGGUCGAGGACAAUCAACUGAACGCAAUCGGCAAAGCCAAGCUCCUUGCCCUCAAGGUUAUGCAUAAUCGAUGCCUGGCCCACGUUAACUCUGAUGCAGCGCUAGAUGUUAGCCAACCCGUCUUCAAGCUGCUGUUUGCCAUUCUAGAGCAUGGAGGAGCUGUCAAUCCAAGUAUCGAUUAUGAGGUCAAAGCAAGACUCCGCCUACAAGCUGCAGUGUCUCUCCUGAAGAUGUCUUCGGCUGAAACGUAUGGCAAUGUUGUUCUCAAGAAUUUAAUCAUGUUGGCCGUCACGUUGCAGGACACCUCGUUCCGGAGCGGGAAAUCAGAGAAAGAGCUCGCAACUGGGUCGUUGCAUCGAUGCGCAGGCUCCCAAUCGGCGAAGUUGCGAGUACAGCACUUUGACAUGUUGUUCAUUCGGCUGCUGCAUUUGCUGGCGCACCACCCCGAUUUUACAGUUACCACUGAAGGUUUGCAAGAUAUGGCCAAAUAUAUCGAAUUUUAUCUCGAUAUUGUCGCAACCGCCGAAAACAUCUCUUUACAGUUCCACCUGGCACUCAAAGCGAAAACCGUGCGUGAUGCUGAUUCUCAUGUGUUCAGCGAGCAUCUAUACGUCCUGAGCGAGUUGGCUCAGCACCUUAUUAGGGCACGCGCUAAAAACAGAGGGUGGACAUUAAACACCUAUCCUGGCAAGGUUAAGAUUCCGGGUGACAUUUUCCGUGCGUUGCCUAAUCAUGAGGCGGCGAGCAAGGCAUGUAUUUCCAAAAAGGAGUACCUUCCAGAAGAAAACCUUCAAUGGCUAUCUUCAGCUGGAAAACCCAUCCGUUCACCUACAAGCAAGACGACAAGGACAAAGCUCCUCGGAAGCGCAAGGCAACUGCCUCAGGGCGAACAAAUGGAACAACUAACACGUCGUCCUAAAAAGACAAACACGUGGCGAGAGCAAUCGGCAGACGAGGAAUCGGACGAAGACUUGACGAGUGAAAGCGACGAGGACCAAGACAAUGUCAAGACCCAACAUCAUGCAAACACUACUAGUACGCGGGAAGAGCGUCGGCUGAGGAGAAGUCGAGGAGGCGAAGAGUUGGAGCCGAAACAAGAUUCGGAACAGAGUGGCGAGGAAGAAGGGAGCGGUGAAGAGGAAAGCGGCAGGGAAAGCGGUAGGGAAAGUGAUGGAGAAACCGAAGAAGAAGUCGAUCAAGGGGGCGACAAGGAUAAGAGCGUUGGAGUCGCGCGCAAGAAGAGACGGAUGCGAGGACCACGACUCACGCACAGAAAACGUCGGGCAUCUAGGCCAUCCAAGCCAUAG